AUGGAGGAGUAUCAAGAGCAUACGAGUUUCACGUUUGAGAUAGAUAACUUCUCCGAGAAAGAAGGUUUGGUAGAAUCACCAAAAUUCUCAAGCGGCGGCUGCGAAUGGUAUGUUGGGGUUUUCCCCAAAGGAGCUAAUGUUGAUGAUCACGUGUCUAUGUACCUCUAUGUUGCGAAUCCUGAAUCAUUGCGACUUGGAUGGAAAAGACGAGCUACUUCUUCAUUCUUUUUGUUGAAUCCAUCAGGCAAAGAGUUCUUCAGAAUAGCUGCUCCGUCGUGCCAACUGUUCUGCGAUCAGUUCCCAGGAUGGGGUAACGACAAGCUCGUACCUCUUAAAGAGCUUCAAGAGAAAGGGUUUUUGGAGAAUAACAAACUAAUCGUUAAAGUGAAAGUAAAAGUAGUUGAAGUUGUUGAUCAAGGAGAUGUCACUGGGAAUGAGACGUUGGAUUUCGAGGGUUUCCAGAUUCUAUAUUCUCAGGUUGUUAGAGUGAGUGACCUUUUCGCUGAACACCCGGAUAUCGCAAUGAAUGUCAGACCAAAGAACCAAUUGGUGAAGGCAACAUACAUGAAUCUCCUCCUCGGUCUCAUAGAGACACUGGACAGGCCUCCACAUAGCAUCACCGACACUGAGCUUAGCAACGCUCAGAGCGAGUUUAUCGAGCUAACAGGAGCAGCGGGAUUCAAGCUAGACUGGUUGAAGACCAAGCUUGAUGAUAUUUCCUUGGAGAGGAAGAAAGCAAAUGCUGAUGGUUCUCGAGUCCGACAACUCGAGGGACAAAUCAAGAAUCUAAAAGCUGAACUGGACGAGGAGAAGGUCAAAUCUGCUGCUAAAGAUUUGUCAUUGGAGAAGACGGUGUCGGAACUUAAAGAUGAGCUGAACAAGGAGAAGAGCAAAUAUGAUACUUGUGCUGCUAAAGUGUUGUGGUUAGAGCAUACAGUGUCGAAUCUCAAGGCUAAGCAGAACAAGAAGCCGAAAUUAAGCCCUCACUAG